AUGAGUACACCCCUUAUAACUCAGCAUAAGAAUCCAGAUGAAGAAGAGGAUCUUGCCGAUGGCAGUGUCUACAGAAGCUUAGUAGGAGGUUUGCUGUACCUAACUGCUACUCGACCUGAUCUGAUGUUUUCUGCUUCCUACUUAUCCAGGUAUUUGAAAGAACCAAAAUUUUCUCAUCUCAAGGAUGCCAAAAGAGUUCUGAGAUAUAUUAAAGGAACAAUCGGUAUAGGGCUAAUGUUCAACGCAGUGAAGGAAUCUAAACUGAUUGGUCAUUCGGAUAGUAACUGGGGAGGAUGCAAAGAGAAUCUAAAAUCUACAACAGGCUAUUGUUUUAGCAUUGGAUCAGUUGUUUUUACAUGA